CUCUUUUUGAGUUCUCACCUUAAAGUAUGUUUUCUCCUCAUGCAUCUACUUUAACAGCACAAAAUGCUGCAUUUACAUUCUAGCACGACUGUAGUCCUCACUACACCGCGAAUCCCCCCGGUGGGGAAGCUUGGCUUAUUUUCAUUUUUGCCUUACUUCACCAUUAUCUAGUGAAACACUUGAAUAUUCAGGUUGUCCAGCGUUCCCGAAGCACCAAUUGUAUAUCAGGUACUACACUGAGUCUCGGGGACUCCAAGACCGCGGUCGGAUGAGCACCCUAAAACGCGGCAGAAUGCUCCAUCGGACAGCAGGACCCACAAAACAGGAACUCCUGUUUGAGGGUUCGUCUUGAUAGCUGAGGGUAAUCUCAGGAGGAAUGAAACAGCUCCGCUUUGUUACAUGUCAAAAUUUUACACGUCCGAGUAGCCUACUGGGCAGGUGGCGUUGCUUUUCUACUCUGCGUCCUACAGCCCACCUGGGGAAAUCCUCCUUGUAAGCGCCUCGAAAAUUGUUACGACCAGCAGGGGUCACUGUGGAGGCGGGUUCAAGUCCCAAGACACUUGGGUGCGAGGUGUCCAGAAUAAUCCACAAGGUUUAAGGAAGGAGUUCAGUUUCAAGAGAAUAGUUUGGAUCGGCUUCGAAUUGUUUAGGUACAAUAAAAAGCGAGUCGACGGCCAUUUGACAACUGAAUCCUUUAGGGAAGGGACGCAAGUUACCUUCGCUUCAAGGAAUAUUGGGUCUUCUGCGCUGCCGUAGAUCACCGCCAAGUGCGCCUGCGCGGAAGAGUAGCGGUGUCGAGUCAAGCAGUCAGUGGAGGAAACUGCAGUAGCGACCCUCAAACCUCACCAUGAAGACCCGCUUUAGCACCAUUGACCUGCGCGCCGUGCUCGCAGAGCUGAAUGCUAGCUUGUUAGGAAUGAGAGUAAACAAUGUUUAUGAUGUGGAUAAUAAGACAUACCUUAUUCGUCUUCAAAAACCAGAUUUUAAAGCUACCCUUUUACUUGAAUCUGGCAUACGAAUUCAUACUACAGAAUUUGAGUGGCCUAAGAAUAUGAUGCCAUCUAGUUUUGCCAUGAAGUGCCGAAAACAUUUGAAGAGUCGGAGAUUAGUCAGUGCAAAACAGCUUGGUGUGGAUAGAAUUGUAGAUUUUCAGUUUGGAAGUGAUGAAGCCGCUUAUCAUUUAAUCAUUGAGCUCUAUGAUAGGGUAAGUUAAUUUUGGGGGAUGGGGUAAAGGAGAAUUCAUUAUUAAUCAUUCAUGUCAUAAUGCUAUAUAACAUGGGUUGGGAACAUCUUUUUCUAUGUCAAAGAUGUUGAUACACUAGGAAAAUAAGUACCACACAAGUAAAAUAUAAUUUUCCAGUAGUAACCUUCAUUUUUUUCUGGAAGUAUGAAUUUAGGCAAACUUUAGCUCUUUGGGAUAGCAUUAUAAAUAUAGGAGAUGAAGAUCCGAGAAUCAAAGAAAUUAUUUGGUACUUUACAUUUCAGGGCUAAUAUAUUGCAACCAGAAAAUAGUCCAAUACAGUCAUGUGCUGCAUGAUGAUGUUUUGGUCAAUGAUGAACCACAUAUACAACAUUGGUUCUGUAAGAUUAUAAUAGAGCUGAAAAAUUCCUAUCACCU